AUGACGACCAAACUUUGUGGUUGGGGAGUAGAGGGAGCAGAAUCCAUUAACAAAGAGGACUUCAUUGUUGAAUACAUCGGUGAAGGUAAAGCUAAGUUGAUUGGUGAUGCUCAGUGUGAGCAAAGGCUUCGGGAUAUGAAGCAUAAAGGAAUGAAAGACUUCUACAUGUGUGAGAUUCAAAAAGACUUCACAAUUGAUGCUACCUUCAAAGGAAACGCUUCUCGCUUUCUAAAUCACAGCUGCAACCCAAACUGUGUUUUGGAGAAGUGGUAA